CACUCCGGGCUGCAUGCAGCAGACACAGCGGUCCGUGUUCACCGAGAAGCAGACACCUUUUAGUGCACUAAGAUCGGAUGCUGGUGGCCCGAUAGCAGCCUGCGGUGAUUAAUCAGCUCAGAUUGUUUGAAGCCUUGAAGGAGCUCGGCGGCGACUUUCCUGUUCGGAUCCCGAGUGGCCCAACAAAGUGCGCCGUCGUCGUCUGCUCAUCCCCACAAGGAGAAGAAGAAGCUGUGCCGCCGUCUGGAAGAGACAGGCGUUGGAAUGAACAGGUCCAGGUCCAGCUUUGAUAAAAAAGCCGCCCAGCCUCCAGUGACCAGGUUAACACGCAGCUCCCAGGUCAGACACACGAGCCCCGCAGAGCCUCACGACUCCGGGCCGGACCCGUAUGGAAAACAGCGGAGGAAGCAAACGGACUCAGCGCUGGCUCAGAACCUCAGCCAGAUGAGCGUGAGCGGACAGGACGCCGCACCUGCCAGUGAAGCAAAGAUGUCCAACGCUGGCAGUGACUCUGUGCAGGCGGGUCGGUCCUCUGGCUCCACAUCUGACGCGUCUUCAUUCAAGCCUUCGUCCCGCGGCGGUCUGGCCUCCGUGGCUCGGCUGGUGAAGCUCGGCCGCUGUAAGAACGUGGUGGUGGUGGCCGGGGCAGGAAUCAGCACAGCCAGCGGCAUCCCAGACUUCAGGACUCCAGGAACUGGUCUUUACGCCAACUUGGAGAAGUAUAACAUCCCGUACCCAGAGGCCAUCUUCAACAUCGACUACUUCUCCAACGACCCGCAGCCGUUCUUCUCCUUGGCCAAGGCUCUGUAUCCCGGCAGCCACCGUCCCAACUACAUCCACUACUUCAUCCGCAUGCUUCACCACAAAGGCCUGCUGCUGCGGAUGUACACCCAGAACAUCGACGGACUGGAGAAAGUAUGUGGCAUCCCAGAUGACAAACUGGUUGAAGCUCACGGUAGCUUUGCCACAGCUUCCUGCCACCUCUGCUACACUUCGUACCCAGCUGAGGAGGCCAAGUUUGCCAUAAUGAACGACAACGUCCCCAUAUGCACCUUCUGUGCUGCAACAGUCAAACCUGAUGUGGUGUUUUUUGGAGAGGACCUCCCUCAGAAGUAUUUCCUUCACACUAAAGACUUCCCCAAAGCCGACCUGCUGAUCAUUAUGGGCACGUCUUUACAGAUCGAGCCGUUUGCCAGCCUGGUGAACACGGUGCGCUCCACUGUGCCUCGUCUCCUCCUGAACCGACACGCCGUGGGUCCCUUUCAGAAGGUCCCACUGCGGAGAGGAGACCACGUGGAGCUGGGCGACCUGGAGGACACGGUCCGGAGGUUUGCCGAGAUGCUCGGCUGGAACAGCGAGAUCGAGGAGCUGAUGAGGAGUCAGGAAACACUGAGCAUCCCGGCGUUGGCAAGCAGCCCCCUGUCACAGAGCAGAGCAGCAUCGGAGCCUCAAGGCAGGACGGAACCACCCAGGUCCAGACCAGGAGCUCCGAGAGCAGCCAGCAGCGGCGGCGAAGAGACCGACUCGGAGACGGACAGCAAAAGCUCCGCGUCCUCCAACUGAUGCUGCACAACCCGGGAGGUUUGAGACGUUUCCUCUCUGCCUCGUUCACACUAAGACUGUUCUGUAAAUGGUGCACACUUUGGAUCUCUUAUCAGGUUAUUUUGAGUCUCUCGUCUUCAUCCGGAGCGUUUUGUGUUGAUGCUGUGUUCAUAUGUACAAAUCAUAAAGUUUAUCAAGUUCAAAGAAACAUCCAUUGAGGAGGCUAGUAAGUGUUGGAGCCCUGUAACAAAAUGUAAAUGUUCCUUCUGGUGUUUUUAUAUGUUGGAGGCGAAUAAUCUUGUUAAUGUUUUCUAUCAGUACAAACACUGUAUUUUAAACAAUAUUUAAUAAAGGUAUCGUGUCAUUU